UAAUAUACAUAUAAAUUAGUUGUGAUUUAAAUCUUAGACUUAGAGUAUGUAUUUAUCUCGAAAGAGCUCCUCACCUUGAUGAUAGCGAUGCUUGUGAGUUGUUGUAUAUAAGUACUUGGCAAUUUUACCUUAAACCAUAACAUUAUGAAGGCGACAAUUCUAAGUGGUCUCUUGGUGUGUUGUUGUGUUUUGGCAAAACAUGAGAGGAAAUUUCCAAGUGAUUUCUUGUUCGGAGCUGCUACAGCGUCUUACCAGAUCGAGGGAGGCUGGAACGCUGACGGCAAGGGCGAAAAUAUUUGGGAUCACAUGACGCACACCCGACCUGAAGUUAUCAUCGACAAAAGUAAUGGAGACGAAGCAGCCGACACCUACCAUAAUUACAAACGCGAUGUCGAAAUGAUGAGGGAACUCGGUCUGGACGCUUAUAGAUUCUCCAUAUCCUGGUCUAGGAUACUUCCUAACGGCUUGGCCAAUUAUAUCAACGAACCAGGAGUUGAAUUCUAUAAAAGAUACAUCAGCGAAAUGCUGAAAUACAACAUUACGCCCAUGGUUACUCUUUACCACUGGGAUUUGCCACAAAAGCUCCAAGACUUGGGUGGUUUCGCCAACCCUCUUUUCCCUGAAUGGUUUGAAGACUACGCUCGAAUUGCUUAUGAGAAAUUCGGAGAUAGAGUGAAGCAUUGGAUCACCUUCAACGAACCAAGGGAGAUAUGUUAUGAAGGUUAUGGAUCUACUACCAAAGCUCCCAUGCUGAAUGCCACAGGUGUUGGUGUUUAUCUCUGUGCGAAACAUUUAGUUCUGGCUCAUGCUAGAGCAUACAAGACGUAUGACAACGAAUUCCGGGCAACUCAAAAUGGACUUUGUGGUAUUACAAUAAGUGUCAAUUGGAUGGGACCUUUGACGGAUUCGGAGGAGGACCAAUUUGCUGCUGAGAUUAAACGUCAGGCUGAGUGGGGCCUGUACGCUGAGCCUAUUUUCUCACAAUGGGGUGGUUUCCCCAAAGAAUUAUCCGAAAUCGUCGCCAAGAAAAGCAAAGAACAAGGCUACCCCAGAUCCCGUAUGCCAGAGUUUACAGAAGAAGAGAAGCAAUUUUCUCGUGGAACUGCUGAUUUCUUCGGUGUUAACCACUAUACUGCUAAUUUGAUCUCAGCCAAUGAUUAUAAAGCAUGGAACCCUGUACCAUCCUUGUAUAAUGAUGCGGAUGUCGGUGUGUAUAUCCCACCAGAGUGGCCGCAAUCAGCAUCCAGAUGGUUGAGGCAAGCACCAAACAGCAUCUACAAAGCUCUGACACAUUUGCAUAAGAAGUAUAAUGGGCCAGUCUUCUAUAUAACCGAGAAUGGCUGGUCCACGACACCAGAUGCUGGAUUGGAAGAUGAAGACAGAAUUAGGUAUUACAGAGCGGCUCUCAAUAGCGUCCUGGAUGCUUUGAAAGCUGGCGUGAACCUAAAAGGAUAUAUGGCCUGGAGUUUGAUGGACAACUUUGAGUGGAUGGAAGGUUAUGCUGAACGCUUCGGAUUGUACCAUGUUGACUUCGAAAGCGUUGAGAAAACACGUACACCAAGGAAGUCUGCUUUCAUUUACAAAGAGAUCGUAAGAAGCAGAACCGUGAACCCCGACUAUGAACCACCCAAUAGAACAAUGUGGAUUGAGGAAGGACACUAAUUGUAGUAAUAAAUGUGUAAUUUAUUCAUUAAACUAUAAUCACAGAUAACAUAAUACUGU